UUCAGAAAAUAUAUUAUCGCGGCUUUCUUCGCUAAAUCAACGAAACAACUUGAAGAAGCUGAAAGGUCAAACCCCUUCACUUCCCGGAAAAUUUUAUGGCCAUGUCCUUGGACUCCGAGUCCUCGCCACCGGCCCUUAACCGGGAUUGGUUCUUCUCCGCUACCAACCCCUCUUUUCCUUCGGGCUCAGCCGGAAACGUUAACCGUGGCCAAAAAGCUAGGAGAAAGUCGUCAGCGUUCCCGGUCACCGAAUGGGCGUCAAAACCUUAUCUACGGGAGGCGAGGCCGCAGCAGAGGCUCCCAACGGCUGGAACCUGGAUGUCCUUCGGUUCUUCCGUUUCCACGUCUCCGGCAACAUCAGCGGCGACGGAGCCACCUGCAGCCAUCCCCCGGGGGGACCUCCGAUACGCGGGACUGCGCAGGAAGGUGCGUUUCGAUACAAGAGAAGAAAAGGGAGAAGGGAAGGGAGCUGGGGAUGCAUCGGCGGUGACUAAUGAGAUGGUUGCUGAGGCGGCGUCGGAAGGAAGAAGGAAAGGGUUCUGGGCUCGGCUGGUGGAUCGUCGAAUGAGAGUCCAAGUAUCUGUUGCUAUCUUUGCUGCGCUUGUUCUUUUGUGCUUCACUUCCGUACUCCAGAAGAACUUCUUGCUGAAUAUACAGGUUAAUUUGUUGCAGGAUCAACUUUCUAAGCAGAAAUUAAGAUUACAGAAGUGUGAUUUAUAUGAUCCGGAAUAUUAUGUCGAAGCUGUUCCACCGGUAACUAGCUAUCUUCUACAGAAGAGUCUGAAGAAUUCUGCGCUUUUUGCUUCCCUUGCUAUGCUCUGUUUUCCACUGCUUGUUCUUAGACAUCUUGAUAAGAUUUCAAGGUUCUGGAAGUCAUCAGAUUCUGAAGAAAUUUCUCUUAACAAGCAACUAGCAUAUAAGGUUGAUGUCUUUUUAUCAGUCUAUCCAUUCUCUAAGCCACUGACUUUACUUCUUGCAACUCUGCUGCUGUUAUGUCUUGGUGGCUUGGCACUCUUUGGGGUGACUGAUGGUACUUUAGCAGACUGUAUGUGGUUAUCAUGGACUUAUGUAGCUGAUUCUGGCAACCAUGCAAAUUCUGUCGGCACUGGUCCCAAGCUAGUGUCUGUUUCUAUAACUUUUGGAGGGAUGCUUAUAUUUGCUAUGAUGCUUGGACUAGUUUCUGAUGCAAUCUCAGAGAAGUUUGAUUCCUUGAGGAAGGGUAGAAGUGAAGUGAUAGAGAAAAAUCACACUUUAAUCCUUGGUUGGAGCGACAAGUUGGGUUCUUUGCUGAAUCAACUGGCAAUUGCCAAUGAGAAUUUAGGCGGUGGUAUUGUGGUCGUGAUGGCUGAACGGGACAAAGAAGAAAUGGAACUUGAUAUUGCUAAGAUGGAGUUUGACUUUAGAGGCACAUCUGUUAUAUGCAGAAGUGGAAGCCCUCUUAUUCUUGCAGAUCUUAAGAAGGUAUCAGUCUCUAAAGCUCAUGCUAUAAUAGUCCUGGCAGAAGAUGGAAAUGCCGACCUGAGUGAUGCACGAGCCUUAAGGACUGUACUGAGCUUAACUGGAGUUAAAGAUGGUCUAAAAGGUCACAUAGUGGUGGAAUUGAGUGAUAUAGACAACGAGGUCUUAGUCAAACUUGUUGGUGGAGAUCUUGUUGAGACUGUUGUUGCUCAUGAUGUUAUUGGUCGUUUGAUGAUCCAGUGUGCACGCCAGCCAGGACUUGCUCAGAUUUGGGAAGACAUUCUCGGAUUUGAAAACUGUGAGUUUUAUAUCAAAAAAUGGCCUCAGUUGUAUGGACUGCAGUUUGAAGAAGUCCUCAUCAGCUUCCCUGAUGCAGUUCCUUGUGGAAUAAAGGUAUCAGCUCUCGGAGGAAAGAUCAUUUUGAAUCCUGAUGAUCACUAUGUUCUACAAGAGGAAGAUGAAGUUCUAGUUAUAGCAGAGGAUGAUGAUACCUAUGCUCCAUCAACAUUGCCCAAGGUGAAAGAAGCAGUUUACAUUAGCAUUGUUCGGCCUACAAGAAAGGCACAGAAGAUUCUCCUUUGUGGAUGGCGACGGGACAUAGAUGAUAUGAUUGUGGUGUUGGAUGCCUUUUUGGCUCCUGAAUCGGAGCUGUGGAUGUUCAAUGAAGUUCCUGAGAGUGACAGAGAAAAAAAGUUAAUUGAUGGUGGCCUUGAUUUCAUCCGACUGGAAAACAUCUCUCUGGUCCAUCGUGAAGGAAAUGCUGUCAUUCGUAGGCAUUUGGAGAGCCUACCCUUAGAAUCAUUUGAUUCUAUUUUGAUUUUAGCUGAUGAAUCUGUGGAAGACUCUGCCAUGCAAGCCGAUUCUCGAUCACUUGCAACCUUAUUAUUGAUUAGAGAUAUUCAGGCUAGGCGGCUUCCUUUCAAAGAAGCGAUGGUUUCACAUAUCCAUCCUGUUAGUUUCUUCCAGGGCUCUUGGAUAGGAGAAAUGCAACAAGCUUCUGAUAACUCGGUAAUAAUCAGUGAAAUUCUGGAUCCAAGGACCAAAAAUUUAUUAACUAUGUCCAAGAUAAGUGACUAUGUUCUUUCAAAUGAAUUGGUGAGCAUGGCAUUAGCGAUGGUUGCUGAGGAUCGGCAAAUAAAUGAUGUUCUGGAAGAGCUUUUUGCUGAAGAGGGAAAUGAAAUGCAGAUUCGAUCAUCUGACCUCUACCUUCGUGAAGAGGAAGAACUGAACUUCUAUGAAAUUAUUCUACGAGGCCGGCAGAGGAAGGAGAUAGUAAUCGGCUAUCGACUUGCUGAUGCAGAGCGAGCCGUCAUCAACCCUCCAGCAAAAGAUGCUCGGCGCAAGUGGUCUUAUAAGGAUGUUUUCAUUGUGAUUACUGUGAAGGACUGAAACAUCUCAGCAUACUAUGCUCUGCAUCUUAAAAAAAGGAGUCAUUGCUCUAACACUUCUCUUUCCUGAAGGACCUACAAGAACUAAGACAAGGGCCAAAAUAUAGGCUUCGUUUGGGAUGACUUUCUUACUGAUUCUCACAACAGCUUUCUAGUAGAAAAAAUUAAACUAAAAAGCUGUUUUGAGAAGUAGUAAGAAAGCGGUCCCAAACAAAACCGUAGUUUGUCAAAGCUAACACCUAAUACUUGUUCCCUUAAGAUAAAGUAGAAGAUGCAGCUGUAAGAGUUGCUGAUAUUGUGAAUUUCUGUAUAUUUUUUGUAACUUUUGCAGCAAUAAAAAUGGUUUUUUUGUUA